UUUUAAAUCUGUUGCCGGACCCUGGACCACCCAUCCCUGGGACUGUUUGCUGGGGCCACCCAUCUUUGUGACCGUGACCUGCGGCCAGCCAGUGUGUCUCUGUGUUUACAGCGUGUAACUGAAUGAGAGUAACAGUUGAGUGAGGUGCCAGCACAAAGCCACCCCGUGAUCAAACGUCAUUGGCCAUUCAAGGCUGGGAGCGGCGCUCCAUUCAUAAAAUGAGUGGAUUAAAGCGGGAGGAGUGGCCAGCGUUCUCCGGGGGUUCACAGCGACGUUGGAGUGCGGGAUACGGGCACUGAGCGUGUUGUGUUGUGUUGUGCUGUGCUGUGCUGUGUUGUGUUGUGUUGGUUUACUACUCGGGGCUGUGGGUAGCGGCGGACGGCGGGGCUGGGCCGGGGAUGGAGAUGUCAGAUGUGGAGUGCAGUCAGGUGAAGCGCUUGCUGAGGCAGCACGGCCGCAAAUGUCUGCUGUUGGACUGCAGGUCGUUCCUGGCUUACAGCGCCCACCACAUCGGCGGCUCGUUCAACGUCCGCUGCAACACCAUCGUUAAACGCAGAGCCAAGGGCUCGGUCAGCCUGCAGCACAUCAUCCCGGCCGAGGAGCAGCGCAGCCUGCUCCAGUCUGGCUUCUACUCCGCCCUCGUUCUGUACGACGAAAGGAGCCAGCGCUUCGAGAUGGUCAGACACGACAGCACCGUCAACACGGUCCUGGGCGCGCUGUCCGCGGCCUCCUGCCCGACACAGACCUACUUCCUCUCGGGAGGAUAUGAGAGAUUUUCGUCAGAAUAUCCCGAGUUCUGUGUAAAAGCAAAAAGUCCAUCAGGAAUCUCAACAGAGUCCAUCAUCGAGUCAUCUGAGACAAGCUCGAGUGCCUGUGGAACUCCACUCCAUGACCAGGGUGGUCCAGUGGAAAUUCUCCCUUUCCUUUACCUUGGAAGUGCACACCACGCUUCAAAAAGGGACACACUCGAUGCCAUGGGGAUUACAGCUCUCCUUAACGUCUCCUCCAACUGUCCAAACCACUUUGAGGAUCAUUAUCAGUACAAGUGCAUUCCAGUGGAGGACAACCAGAAAACAGACAUCAGUUUCUGGUUCAUGGAAGCAAUAGAGUAUAUCGAUUCUGUCAAAAACGUUGAUGGACGAAUUCUGGUACAUUGCCAGGCUGGGAUCUCGAGGUCUGCCACCAUCUGCCUUGCCUAUUUAAUGAUGACUAAACGUGUGCGGCUGGAAGAGGCCUUUGAGUUUGUCAAGCAGAGACGAAGCAUCAUCUCUCCCAACUUUAGCUUCAUGGGACAGCUGCUACAGUUUGAAACUCAGAUCCUCGCCUCCUCCUGUUCUGUAAAAACUGCCAGUCCGUCGAGGGGUCUCAGGGAGCAGAGUAAAUCAUCAGCAACUCCAACCUCGCAGUUUGUCUUCAGCUUCCCUGUCUCUGUCAGUGUUCAUUCAAACCCCAAUAACCUCAACUACUUACCCAACCCGAUCACAAUGUCGCCCACCUACUAAAGGACGAGAGGCUGAAUACACCUAAAAAUUCCAUUCAACAGAGCAUCCAACUGAUAGUCUGCUCCACAACCUGACCCUCUCAGUGUAGGGGAAUGGACUUGGGUGAACCUUCACUUUUAACAUUAAUACACCUAGAAAUGACACUGGCUAGUUUUACUUCUCGUCACUGAAUCGUUCAGACCGUAAGGUUUUCUUUGCAAUAAGUCACAAUUCACUUUUGAAUAAUCAUGGAGUUUGAUUUCCUAUUGAAAUAGAUUUGUCAGUAUUUUUAUUGCAACAACCGAUUAAUGCAAGAUUCCUUCCCUUCAAGCAAGCUGCCAGCAUGGGCCUCCAUGGUAAACGUCCAGUAGACAUCCCUUCAUCAGUGUUAAAACAUGCUGGGACUUUAUCCUGGUAUUGCAUGAGAAAUUAGAAUGUUUGAAUCAGAUACAAAGCUCACAUUGUCGAUGUGUAAGACAACCUGCCAAUCAAUAAUUCAUGCCAAUCUCUUGCCAUUUGCCCAACUGGGUAGGCCACAUGAUGGACAGUUAGCAAAUCUUCAUCUUUCUUCUUUCUGUAUUUUCUUGCUUGGAUUUGGCUGGCUUACCCAGAGAAUAUGGGCCUCAUUUUCCAGUUUCUGAAUAACAGUGGGGUUCGAUCUGUGCACGAAUCAAUGGGAAGGGGGGGGGGGGAGGGAGAGUUUAAAUGCCAGCAAUCAUUUAUUCAUAUACUUGAAUAUCUGUUUGUGGAGAUCAUCAUUUUUGUGAAAGCAGUAAAAAUAUCUAAUUUAUCCAUGUUCUCCCGAGAUUUCCCUGACCCAUUGAGUUACUCCAGCACUUUCUGUCUGUUUUGGUAAACCAGCAUUUGCAGUUCCUUGUGUCUACUGCUGAAAGCCUCAUCAAAAGCAGUCCCUUGGGAUCGAGGAGGGCUAGCUUCAUUCAGGUUCUGUGUAGCCUCUAUCUGCCCGCCUGUUGAAUCAGGCACUUCCUGUCGAAUCUGAGGCAGUUGGUCAGAUGACUGGCUCCGAAUUCUAUUUUUGCUCCCUAUGUCUGGACACAAAGUUGUCUGGACCAUCUCAAAUACUUUUUUUUCCGAUGUGUUCAAGAGUCAGGUGAUCCCAGACGUCCAUUGGGGGCUGUUGCAAUUUUUCAGGGAGGUUUUGAGAACAUCCUUGAAUCUUUUCCUCUGAUCCAGGUCAUCUUUUCCCCAUGAAAGAACUGGAAUAGAAUCCAUAGCGUUACUUAAAGACCAAGAGCAGCUUGGAUUUCCCACUUACACAGAGGAGAAAUUUUCGUCUGCAAACCAAGCAAUAAUGGAAAGAAAUGAUAUGUUGCGGUCUGAAUGGAUGGACUUGUGAGGCAUUUCCUCACUGGAUCUGCUGGAGGCUCAAAUGAGAGGUUGUCCUUUCAGGUAGUUAGUUUCCUUUCUGGUAUUCCCACUGGUUCCUGCACCCAGGACAUAGAAAACAAUCGGCAUUGUAACUCAGAAAGGUUCCGACCCGAGAUGUCACCUCUGUCCUUUCCCUCCCCAGAUGCUGCCUGACCUGCUGAGUUCUUUGGAUUUGCUCAAGUUUGCAGCAUCUGCAGCUAUUUGUGUUGCAUUGUAACUCUGUUGAAAACUGAGCUAUCUGGUCACAAGGUCCCUCCAGUGUGGAGUGAUACAGGAGCAGACAGACAUUCGAUGUUAGGUGAGGUUAAGGGGCAGCCUUGUCUUGUACUGGUCAACAUAACACUGAAUUUGCUGGGAUUAUGGUUGCUGUAUUAUAAUGCACAUUAUUAAAAAUAUGUCAGCAAUUUUCAGCAAGAAAGUGACUUGCAAAGCACUAAGAUUAGUUUAAUUUAGAGAUACAACAUGGCAUAAGGCUCUUUGGCCCACUGAGUCCACGCCAACCAUCAAUCACCCGUUCACAGUAGUUUCAUGUUAUUCCACUUUCUCAUCUAC